UAAAUUCCAGCGCAUCCCCACUCCAAGCCAACAGAGACGCUUACCACGCAAAUAAUUGGUGGUCUGAUGGAAGAGCUUUACGAGGCGGACGUGAUGUGGCCGGACGAUGAGAACCGUCCGAUGGGUGCGUCCAACGGUCGUGUGUCGCCUAAGAGGACGAGAAGGCGGGGCCAGGGGGCAGCUUCCACGGCGCCGGUGGAGAUACCGACGGCAGGGCGGGGGCGCGGGGGCGAGAGUGUGGGGGAGGAUGAUGGGGCGGCGGAGCUGAUCCCCCCGCAUGUUCUGGUGUCCCGCAGCAAGACGGUGGGGAAGAUGGCGUCCUCGCUGUGCUCGGGGCAGGGGCGGACGCUCAAGGGCCGGGAUUUGAGCCGCUUCCGCAACUCCGUCCUCCGGAUGACCGGCUUCCUCGAGGGAUAACGGCCACCCGCGAGGGUCCAGACCGCAAUGACCGAGACCAAAGAUAACAGAGCUCUGUUCUCUAUGUGCAUACUGCUUUAACUGUAAUAAAAUAAACCUACUUAAUGGAUAAAAUAUUAUUUUUUGAAAAAAAUAGAUCUCCAUUUUUUCUUUAAUUCAAAGCUUAGGUUCUCACCACUAUACUCUUUCUGAUAAUUAUAUACAUAUAGUGUACGUCCCGAUUGCAGAUAAUCAUUUAUCGUUUGUGCAAGAUAUAGAUGAGUGAUCCGGAACUAAAACUCUCUGGUUUAAUAAUGAACCUUGGAGGAUG